ACCUUAAUCCCUCCCUCAGACCUUAUCACUUCACCCACAGAGCCAACCUCUCCACUUGAUCCACCAACAUCAAGGACAUCAAGGUCACAGCCGCUUACUCUCCCUCUUCAACACCUCCCACCUCUUCCCCCAAUGGUGCCUCACUGUCCCAUACCUCCAACCCACACACCUGUGAACUCACCACUGCUAGCUUCCCUCCUUACAGGUCACCCCAAUAGUGACUUCACCACCUACCUACUCCAAGGCUUCACCUGGGGAUUCAAGCCCUGCCCCGGCCACAAGUCAUCGACAAAUACUUGGAGGCCGAAUGCCAGGCAGGGCACACUCUUGGACCCUUCCCCUCUCCCC